AUGGCGAAGCUAAAAGAUAGGGUAAAGCUUAAAUUGCACGAAGGCGCCUGGAGCGCGGAGGACUUAAAGGACCGACCCCGGGUGCCCGAAGGGGCACGAGGGAGGGGGAGGUUAGAGAAGGAACAAUUUUUGUUGGCGAUAGCACCUUUGCAACGUAUGCUUAGUUUGAAAAUGCAAGCUAUAAAACCUUUUACAAAGCAUUGUAACUUUGUAAAUAAGUACUUUAACCACUUUACCUUUUAA